AUGAAGUUUCAAAGGAAAAACUCCUUCAUAUUACUUCUUUUGUGCAUCACCCUUGAUCAAGCGUGUUCUCAAACUUCUGCUCCUGAUUGCAUCCUUGACAUUCAGUCUUCUACAUCCUUGAAUAAUAAUAGCUCUGAUUGUGAAUUGCACAAUUGGGGAGGGUUUAUAAAUAGCUGUUGUGGAUUGGAUUUUAACGGUUACAUUUAUGCUUUAGGGACGCAUGCCAACGAAACUGGAAAAAUAUACUUGAAUUCCUCAGAGCAAGAAACUUGUUUGGCAUCGAAUGUGUUUGCGAAGAAUAUUAAAGGAUGUGGAGUGGAGAAGCUAAGCACUGGAGCUGGUGGUUGCUCUGAAUUCUCUAUCACAGAUGUCAUGGACAAACUUGGGGACAACUUGAGAAGAUUAGAUGAAGAUUGUAUGCCUUUAAGCAAGAAUGGAAGAGCAAAUGAGACUUGUACAGCAUGUCUAAGAAGGUGGGAGGAGAUUAGUGCAACAUCGGACAGUAAAAAGGAGUCAGAGUCAGCAGAUUUUGAUGCUAAUCUCUGUAGGUUUGCAGUACUAAUCUCACUUACAAGCAUUCAUGAUAGGGAGUCAAUUCAGGCAGUUUAUGAAUGUCUUGGAACCUACAGCCCCUCAGCUGAAAAGCAAGAAGGCAAAACUGGUGGCAAUUCUAAGCUCAUCCCAGGUCUCUGGAUUUUACCCUUUGGCUUAAUUGGAAUCACAGUGAUAGGGUUUCUUGCAGCAUGGGCCUUGAAUGGAAGAAGAACUAGAAGUCCUCCAACAAAAAAAGAAGAGGCAGAGGAUUCAAGAUCUCUUAAGAAAACUAUGAAGGAAGUUUAUAUAGCGACCAACAAUCUUGAUGCAUCAAAUUUCAUUGGUCAAGGCACAGCUGGAAAAGUGUACAAAGGCAUACUUUCGAACGGUCAGCAUGUAGCUGUCAAGCAUAUCAUCAGUGAAGCGUAUUUAGAGACAUUUGUUAGAGAAGUGAGAAGCCUUUCCCAUGUCAGACAUCCAAACUUGGUAUCUUUGGUUGGAUACUGUGAAACUGAAGGUGAAUGCUUCCUGGUGUAUGAGCUGUGUCAUGAAGGAAACCUCUCGGAUUGGCUAUAUGACAAAGAUAAAGUUCUUUCGUGGAUUCAAAGACUGAAAAUUGCAGUUGAUUGUGCAAGAGGUCUAAUGUUUCUCCAUACCUAUCCAGGUGGCUGCAUUAUUCACCGAGACAUUAAGCCAUCAAACAUUCUGAUUGACACCAACAUGCAAGCAAAGCUUUCAGACUUUGGAUUGUCCAAGGUAAUGGAACUGGACCAAUCAUUUGUGAGCUCUGAGGUGAGAGGAACAUUAGGUUACAUCGAUCCUGAAUACAGGAAAAACCGCCAUGUAAAAGCCUCAGGAGAUGUCUACAGUUUUGGAAUCGUAUUACUGCAAUUACUUUCAGGACAGAAGGUCCUUAACUUCAAUUUUCAGAGACCAAUGUCCCUAGAUAAAAUGGCUAGAAAUUUUGCUAGAGGUGGAGAUAUAUCAGAGUUUGCUGAUCCUAAACUCAGAGGGGAGUACUCUGGAGAAGCAUUUAGCCUCACACUAAAGCUAGCCGUGUCAUGCAUAGGACUCAAGCAGCAAAGGCCAUCUAUGGAGCAAGUGUUACGCAGCAUAGAGAAGGCAUUGGAAAUCACAUCACAAGCUAAAUCAUUCACAUCUUUCACUGUGUGAGUAA